CAGACUACUUAGAUCUGAAAUAUGGACUAUCGUAUAGAAAACUUUCAGAAAUUGGCACAUUUAAAAAUCCAUUUACAAAAGAGCAAUCUGAUUUGAUAAAAUCUAAAAAAAAACUGAGUUGGUCUGUUGCUGUGUCAGAUAGACUCAUGUCAA